AUGUCAUUCCUAGUCAACGGAGGGGUUGCACGCACUAUCCGCUUCAUGGAAACCAUCGCUCUGGGGCACAUUGCUAGACAUCCUGAAGACCCAAGCAAUGGCGGAGCCAAUAGCCCUUUCAAUGACCAUAAACAUAAUCCUCUUUACACUCCCACUAUUGCCAAUAGGACGACCCGUCGUCAUCCGAGUCGUCCUGUCUCGCCAACCACACACCCCCGGUCCAAACGCCGUGCAAGUUCACCAUCAUUUUCUAAUACCGGUUCCUUUGAUUCAUCUGAUGACGACAUAAAUGCACCUGUAACCCCUCCUCCCAUAGUCAAGAGUCUAUCCCGUUAUGUGCAGCGCGCGAAAGCACGGCCCAGGCCAUAUGAAAGGCGUGAUCCCAGCACACAACACCGCCGCUAUGCUGCAACCCAACUUUCCCCCAUUGAUUCUACACCCGUGCCAGACGUUCAGAAGGGCAAGGCUUUACUCGAAAGCCGAUUGCAACACUUGUCUUCUGGGGCUAUUGCGCAAGCUGUCAUCACGAAACAAGCUGAUAUUGAAUGGAGGCGGGUGCGUGCUCUGGCAACCGCUUGGAUCCAAGCCAUCGAAGAGCACAAAAGGUUUCUUCAGAUGGUUCUUGAAGAUGAUGAGCUCUCCAAAGGUAGCGUAGAUGAGCUCAAUGAACGCCUCCACUCUUGCAUGGCCGCAUACAGCCCUGAUGUGACGUCGCUCGCUGUUGGACACAAACAGCUUGAUCUCAUGGAGGACAUAGCUUAUGAGCACCCGGACGAUUACGCUGCCGAACGUCGCUUGCCAGGCUUCAGGGAUUUGGAUGACUGCGAAGACCAUAGCAGUAGUUGUGAGUCCCUGGACGGACUGUCGGCAGUUUCCGCCAAGUCCGAUGAUGUCUGA